AUGAUCGUCCCCAAGUCGGUCUUUGCUCAUUAUAUUGUCGGCCUAACCCUCAACCAAACCACCGACCAAUGGAAGCGUGACAUCCGCUCAGCUUCCAAAGCCUCGAUCGACGGCUUCGCCCUCAACAUCGGCGCCUCCGACCACUUCACCCUCUCAUCACUACACACCGCCUACGAAGCCGCCUCGGCAUUCGACAACUUCAGUCUCUUUCUAUCGUUCGACUUUGCCGGGGGCGGAUUCGCAAGAAGCUGGGACGUCGAUUACAUCGCCAACCUGACCAACACAUUCAAGGACGAGCCGGCGCAGUUUAAGAUCGAUGGGAAACCGUUUGUAUCAACUUUCGAGGGGGUGGACUUUCGGGAGAGAUGGAUGGAGGUGAGGAAGAAGGUGGAGGGCGGUAUUGUGUUUGUGCCGGAUUGGAGUAGUGUUGGACCCGAAGGGUUGAGGGAACGGGUGGGGGAUGUUGAUGGGGCUUUCUCCUUCGACGCCUGGCCCGGCCCCUCUCAAUCACAACUCACCACCUUUUCCGACGACGGCUACUUCCCCUAUUUCUACACCCGCCUUGCGUCUUACAACAAAAACUGGUAUUCCUCCUCCGACACCCUCUGGCCCACGCGCCUUUCGCAAGCCCUCUCCCUCUCCGAAAAUUCCCUUAGCGACUCCCCUCGCUCUCCCGAUCUUUUGCAAAUCAUCACCUGGAACGACUUUGCCGAAUCGCACUACAUCUCCGAUCUUGUCCCCUCGCAGAUCCUCUCCGAAGCUGAGUCGUAUGUCAACGGUUUUGACCACGGUGGUUUUCGUGCUGUUCUGCCGUGGUACGUGGCUGCUUACAAGCUAGGUAAGACGGCCGAGGAGGGCCUUACGGAUGCUGAAUGGCCGAAGGAGAAAUUGGGUGAUGGGGUGGUUAGUGCGUGGUACCGUACUACACCUAUCAACAUCACCUCCGAAGGAGAAAGGAAGUGCAGUGAUGGCGGAACCAAAUGGGGACAACAAGGAGAGAAGUCGGCUAAGGACGCCGUCGAAAAAGAUGUGGUGAACUUUUUGGCCAUUGUCCGCAAGGAUACUGAAGUUGUGAUUUCUGUCGAGAUAACGGGGAAAAAGGUGGUGAAACAAGUGAAAAAGGGAGGAGCGAGGUUCUUCCAGGUCGGGUUUGAGGAGUUGGGAUUGGGAAGGGGAAAUAGGAAGGGGGGUAAGGUGAGGAUCGAAAUGAAUGGAGAAAUUAGAGAGGGGAGGGAGGUUAGGGAUGAGUGUCCUGAGUCGGGAGUCAUCAACUUCAACGCUGCGACGGUUUAUAUUGCUAACAGCACGCAUCCUGAUACUGGUAGCGAUGACUCCGGAGCUGGGUCCAAGGAUGGAAAGGACGAUGGUGAUGAAGACGGUGACGAGAACGCUGCUAGGCCCGGAAGGAGCGUUGGCGUGACUGCCGCUUUGAUGGCUUUCAUCGGCUUUGCGUUGUUCAACCUUUGA